AUGUCUCUCCCUAGCAAGGCAUGCUGCAACAUACCGCCCGUCGAGGUGGAUUACACGCCCAAAGGAAGCGAUAUCAAGAUUCAGGGAAUGAAAACCUACAAGACUGGCUCACCAAGCGCUACUACCGCCAUCCUCCUUAUUGGUGAUGUCUUCGGCAAUGUAGCGCAAGUUCUCCAGGGUGCCGAUCUCCUUGCCUACGGCGGCGAAAGCUCCCACCAAUACCAAGUCUUUGUUCCGGACUUCUUACGGGGCCAGUAUGCCAGUCAUACCUGGUUUCCACCGGACACAGAAGAAAAGCAGAAGGCCAUUGGCGCGUACUUCGGAGGCCAUGCGAAUUUCGGAACGGCCAAGGAGAAGAUUCCCGCCGUCAUCAAGGAAAUCGAGCAGGAGACAAAGGGCACAAUCACCAAAUGGGCAGCUGUCGGGCUUUGCUGGGGUGGAAAAGUUGCAACUUUGGCUGCUGGCUCGGACACGCCUUUCGUGGCUGCUGUGUCCGCCCAUCCUGCACUGGUAGACCCUAAGGACGGUCCAUCCGUUACGAUUCCGUAUUGUCUACUCCCGUCCAUGCACGAGGACAAAGAUAAGGUCAAGGCAUUCGCGGAUGCUAUCAAUGUCGAAAAGUAUGUUGAGACUUUCGAUGAUAUGCCGCAUGGCUGGAUGGCGGCACGUGCCGACCUCAACGAUCCAACAGCCAAAGAGGGAUACAAGCGUGGCUAUGAGACGGCGCUGAACUUCUUGUAA